AUGAACCUAUUCAAGCAUGUGUGAUACGCAUACUUCUUUCGAAGCCACUUCGUAGAGCCUAGCCCAGGUACAAACCCCACAUCUUCUGGGGUGACUUUCCCUAUCGAUGUCAUCCCGAGCAAUCUGAUUGGAUCAGUAUCUAGAUCAAUUCCAUCCUUGUCAGAAGGAAAAUGGAUUGACCGACUGGAUUGACAUCUUUCGAUUGUCGUCUUCUUUUAUUGAAACCACCUGAGCGGACGCCGACAUCCUUCGUGUCGCUCACAUCAUACGCUCAGCCUCACAUUCGGAAUCUACUUCUUUAUAACAACCUCUCUAUCCCCGCCGACCGAAGAACAUCAAUCCACAACAUUCAAGAUGGGCGGGCUGAACCUUGAAGUGUUCAAGUUCGGCAUGUACGUCAUGUUCCCGAUCGGCAUCAUGUUCUACUUCGGGACGAAUCUCGACGAGCGCUUCGCCGUGCCCGACUUCUGGCCCAAGCCCGAGCAGGCCAACCGCGUGCCCCUCGAGAAGGACGAGAUCCACGCCGAGCUGCAGCGCCUGCGCGCCCGGCGGCUGUACCUGCGGGACCGGAGGCUCGAGACCGAGGCCGCGCAGCGCGCGAGGGACGAGGCGAAUAAUGGGAAUGGGGAGGCGUGAAUCGGGCUUUUUAAGAUGGGAUGGCAGGGAAAGAGAAUUGGUGGGGAUUUGUGCUGCGUUGGUCGUACUUGAGGGAUGAAUUUGCGCCUGCGAUUUGAUUGGCGAGAGGGGAUUGGGUUCUUCCCUUUAUUCCACGGGAUAUAUGAGAUGGAAACAGGACGAGGAAGCAGAAGCGAGCAACACAUAUCUUCGAAAAUACCCUCACUGCAUCGACCGCCCAUCCAUUGUACGACUUAUCUGCGAAUUGACUACAGGCGUUCAGGAUGUGACGGGAAAAAGGUCAUCAAUGAUCCCCUCAUGGAAAGGGGAGAUCAUAGUACAUAUAGCGCGG